AUGUCUGGAGGGUGGGAGUUUAUAGAAAACGCGAUGUCUCAACAGGCGAACACGCCUUUCUUCUGCAACUAGCAGGAUAAGAAAAAGACACCAGGCUCCUUGUGCUGCUGCUGUGCAGAUCAGCACCCCGGAGUCCAGGAGCCAGCUUCUGAGGAAGCUGGAGCAUCCCAGCCCAGAUGGGACCUCAUCAUCGGAUGGAUGGAAGAGCAGCAACUGCUUGCAAACUGCUCAUAUUAUUCACUGCAUGCAUAAUGCAGGGCAGUUGCCAAGGAUGUGAGCGGGGGCAGUUCCGCUGCGGCAAUGGUCGCUGUAUUCCUGCAGACUGGAGGUGUGAUGGGGCCAGAGACUGCUCAGAUGAUACAGAUGAAGCUGGCUGCCCACAACCUACCUGUGAGGGAAAUCAAUUUCAGUGUCACACUGAUGGGGAAUGUAUUCCACAGUCAUGGGUUUGUGAUGAUGAGGAGGAUUGUGAGGAUGGCUCAGAUGAACAUCAACAGUGUCCGGGAAGGACAUGCUCAAGUCAGCAGUUCACGUGUUCCAAUGGACAGUGCAUCCCGAGCGCGUACUGGUGCGAUCGAGUGGAGGACUGCACUGAUGGGACAGAUGAAAGAGCCUGCCACUACCCAAGAUGUGAACAGUUAUCAUGUGCAAACGGAGCAUGUUUCAAUGCAAGCCAGCGAUGUGAUGGCAAAGUUGAUUGCAGAGAUUCUUCCGAUGAAGCUAAUUGCACACAUGGAUGUACCAGUACACAGUUCCAGUGUGCUAAUGGAGAGUGCAUCCCGCGAGCCUUUAUCUGUGACCAUGAUGAUGACUGUGGAGAUAGGAGUGAUGAAAACUCUUGCACUUAUGCAACUUGCAGAGGCAACUUCUUCACUUGCCCGAGUGGCCGUUGCAUUCAUCAGAGCUGGAUUUGCGAUGGAGAUGAUGAUUGUGAAGACAAUGAAGAUGAAAGAGGAUGUGAAAGUGGUCACCAUGAAUGCUACCCAGGAGAGUGGGCCUGUCCUGGAUCAGGGCAUUGCAUUCCAAUUGGGAAAGUGUGUGAUGGAGCUGCAGACUGCCCUGAAGGAGAAGAUGAAACUAACAUCACUGCAGGCAGACACUGCAACGUAUCUCGCUGUGCUGCCCUGAGCUGCCAGUAUCGCUGUCAUUCCUCUCCAUCAGGAGGGAUGUGCUAUUGCCCUGCAGGAUAUACAAUAAGUAACAAUGACAGUCGUACUUGUAUUGAUUUUGAUGACUGUCAAAUGUGGGGUGUCUGUGACCAGCUGUGUGAAGAUCGUGUGGGACAUCACCAGUGCCACUGUGUGGAAGGUUAUUUCCUAGAGCAUCACCGGCAUUGUCGGGCCAACACUUCAGCUGGUGUUGCAUCGAUUAUUUUUUCCAAUGGCCGUGAUUUACUGAUUGGAGACCUUUAUGGAAGAAAUUUUCGUACUUUGGUGCAGUCACAGAAUCGUGGGAUUGCAGUUGGCGUGGACUUCCACUUUUACCUGCACAGGAUCUUUUGGACGGACACAGUGCAAGAUAAGGUUUUUUCUAUUAAUAUUGAUGGCUCUGAUUUCCAAGAAGUUUUGAAUAUUUCAGUUGACACACCUGAAAAUCUAGCAGUGGAUUGGGUUAACAAUAAACUAUAUGUGGUUGAGACCAGUGUGAACAGAAUAGAUAUGGUUAACUUGGAUGGAACAAACCGUGUGACUCUUAUUGCUGAAAAUCUUGGAAAUCCUAGAGGAAUAGCACUUGAUCCAACUGUUGGUUAUUUGUUUUUCUCAGACUGGGACAGUCUGUCUGGUGAUCCUAAAGUGGAAAGGGCUUUCAUGGAUGGCACAAAUCGUCAGGAUUUGAUAAAAACAAAAUUAGGCUGGCCUGCUGGAAUAACGCUGGAUAUUGUGUCAAAGAGACUUUACUGGGUUGACAGCCGGUUUGAUUACAUUGAGACUGUAACUUAUGAUGGACUUCAAAGGAGAACAGUAGCUCAUGGAGGCUCACUGAUUCCUCAUCCAUAUGGAAUCACUUUAUUUGAACACAAUGUUUAUUUCACUGAUUGGACCAAAAUGGCAGUGGUGAAAGCUAACAAAUUUUCAGAGUCUAACCCUCAAGUGAUCUACCAGUCUUCACUGAGACCUUAUGGAGUGACAGUUUACCACGCUGCCAGGCAGCCAUUUGCAAGAAAUCCUUGUGGAAGUAAUAAUGGGGGAUGUGAACAGGUCUGUGUUCUCAGCCACAAAACAGAUAAUGAUGGCCUAGGUUAUCGCUGUAGGUGUAUCCUGGGCUUUGACCUACAUGUGGAUGGACGACAUUGUGUUGCUGUGCGGCAGUUUCUGCUGUUUUCAUCCCAGAUGGCAGUGCGGGGAAUCCCAUUCAAUCUCUCCACCCAGGAAGAUGUGAUCAUACCUGUAACAGGGAGCCCUUCAUACUUUGUUGGAAUUGACUUCUGUGCUCAGGAUGACACAAUUUUUUUUUCAGACACAAGUAAAGACAUGAUCUAUAAACAGAAGACUGAUGGUUCAGGAAGAGAAAUCUUGACUGCUAAUAGAGUGGAAAGUGUUGAAGAUUUGGCUUUUGACUGGAUCUCAAAGAACCUCUACUGGACAGAUCCUCGAUACAGGAGCAUUAGUGUGAUGAGGCUGGCAGAUAAAUCCAGGAGAGCUAUUGUUCAGAAUUUAAAUAAUCCUCGCUCAAUAGUGGUUCAUCCUGUUAUUGGGUAUAUAUUCUGGACAGAUUGGUUCCGUCCAGCAAAAAUCAUGAGGGCCUGGAGUGAUGGAUCCCAUGCUUUGCCGAUUGUAAAUACAACACUAGGCUGGCCAAAUGGCCUUGCCAUUGACUGGAGUUCUCUGAGGUUGUACUGGGUGGAUGCUUUUUUUGAUAAAAUUGAGCACAGCACCUUUGAUGGGUUGGACAGACGGACUCUUGAACAUAUUACUCAGAUGACUCACCCAUUUGGCCUUACUAUUUUUGGAGGUUAUGCCUAUUUCACUGAUUGGAGGCUUGGUGGAAUAGUUCGAGUGAGGAAGUCUGAUGGAGGAGAAAUGACUAUUAUCAGGAGAGGGAUUAGUAACAUUAUGCAUGUUAAAGCAUACGAUGCUCAUUCCCAAAUAGGCUCUAACUACUGUAAUAGAGGAACAAAUCCCAAUGGAGACUGCAGCCAUUUCUGCUUCCCAGUACCAAACUUUCAGAGAGUUUGUGGGUGUCCUUAUGGUAUGAAGCUGGCUCCAAAUCAACUGACAUGUGUUGAAGAUCCAUCCAAUGAGCCACCCACUUUGCAAUGUGGCUCUUACUCAUUUUCCUGUGGUAAUGGAAGAUGUGUACCUCAAUACUAUCAGUGUGAUGGUGUUGAUGAUUGCCAUGACAACAGUGAUGAGCAAAACUGUGGUUCUUUAAACAAUACUUGUGCUUCUUCAGCGUUUACCUGUGCCAGCGGGCAGUGUAUUCCGGGUCGCUGGCAUUGUGAUAAACAUAAUGACUGUUUUGAUGGCAGUGAUGAAUUGCAUUGUCCUACACAAGAACCCUCUUCAUGCCCUGCGACCCAGUUCACCUGUGAUAAUAGAAGAUGCAUUCCAAGAAUCUGGUUAUGUGAUACUGAUAAUGACUGUGGUGAUGGCUCAGAUGAAAAAAACUGCACUUUCACAGGUACUUGUGAACCCAGGCAAUUCCAGUGUCCAGACCAUCGCUGUAUUGAUCCGUUUUAUGUCUGUGAUGGGGACAAAGACUGUAUAGAUGGUGCUGAUGAGCAUGACUGCAUAUAUAACUGCAGUGCCACAGAGUUUAAAUGUCUAAGUGGAGACCAGUGUAUCAGCACCUACUACCACUGUGAUGGUGUUUUUGACUGUAAUGAUCACUCAGAUGAAGCUGAUUGCCGUAAUAGGAGUUAAAUUGCUCACAUUUUGCAAUGUCAUGUAGAUUGAGUGACUGUGAUUCUGUUCCAGUGUCAGUCAGAUGGCAGUUGUGUUCCUGAUAACUGGGAAUGUGAUGGCCAUCUUGAUUGUGCAGAUGGCUCAGAUGAACACCAUAGAUGUCCUGCCAGAACGUGUCCUCCAUCGCUUUUCCGCUGUGAUAAUGGCAACUGUGUGUACCGAGCAUGGAUCUGUGAUGGUGAUAACGACUGCAGGGAUAUGAGUGAUGAGAGAGAUUGUCCGACUCAACCUUUCCGGUGCCCCAGCUGGCAGUGGCAGUGUCCAGGUCACAGUAUCUGUGUGAAUCUCAGCAAAGUAUGUGAUAAUUCUGCUGAUUGUCCUAAUGGAGCUGAUGAAUCUCCAUUGUGCAAUCAGGAAAGCUGCUCUGACAAUAAUGCUGGCUGCACUCAUGAAUGUAUUCAAGGACCUUUUGGAGCUCAGUGUACCUGUCCUAUUGGAUACCAGCUUGCAAAUGACUCCAAGACCUGUGAAGAUAUUAAUGAAUGUGACCCUCCAGGCUUUUGUAGUCAGCACUGUUACAAUGAGAGAGGGUCUUUUAGGUGUUAUUGUGAUGAAGGAUACAUUCUAGAAGCCAACGGGAGGACUUGUAAGGCAGCAGAAUCUGGGAAUCUUCUUUUGCUGGUGGCAAGUCGUAACCAAAUCGUUGUGGAUAACAUCACUUCUCAGUCACACAGUAUUUAUUCUCUGGUUCGGGAUGGGACAAAUAUUGUGGCUAUUGAUUUUGAUUCCAUCACAGAUCGUAUCUUUUGGUCUGAUACAACACAGGAUAAAAUUUGGAGUGCUUAUAAAAAUGGGACUGACAGAAAAAUAGUGUUUGACAGUGGUGUCACUGUGACUGAAAGUAUAGCGGUAGAUUGGGUGGGUCGUAACCUUUACUGGACAGACUUUGUUCUGGAAACUAUUGAAGUCUCCAACAUGGAUGGGAGCCACAGGACUGUGCUGAUUAGUGAAAAUAUAACAAACCCAAGAGGACUAGUGUUAGAUCCCAGAAUUGAUGCUCAUGUAAUGUUCUGGACGGACUGGGGCCAAAACCCUCGAAUUGAAAAAGCCAGCAUGGAUGGCAAAAUGCGCUCAGUGAUUAUUAAUAAUAAAAUCUACUGGCCCAAUGGACUUUCCAUUGAUUAUCCAAAUAAACUUCUCUAUUUUGCUGAUGCUUAUCUUGAUUAUAUUGAUUUCUGUGAUUACAAUGGAAACAAUAGACGACAGGUGGUUGCAAGUGAUCUGAUAUUGCAACAUCCACAUGGGCUAACUGUCUUUGAAGAUUUUGUGUACUGGAGUGAUCGCUAUACUAAUCGAGUAAUUCGGGCCAAUAAAUGGCAUGGAGGAAACCAGACAGUCAUGAUUUAUAACAUUCACCAGCCUUUGGGUCUUGUGGCAGUCCAUCCUGUAAAGCAGCCUAAUGGUAUUAAUUCCUGUGCAUCAUCCCCCUGUAGCCACCUCUGCUUACUUUCUUCAUCUGGGCCACUUUUUUUUUCCUGUGCUUGCCCUUCAGGAUGGCUCCUUUCUCCUGAUAACAGGAACUGCAUGAGAGUUGAACACCCUUUCCUUAUUGCUGUAAGAGAGAAUAUAAUUUAUGGAAUUUCUCUGAACCCUGAGGAGAAGACAAAUGAUGCUAUGGUUCCAAUAGCAGGAGUUCAAAAUGGUGUCGAUGUUGACUUUGAUGACUCUGAACAGAUGAUUUAUUGGGUUGAAAAUCCAGGUGAAAUACACAGAGUGAGGUCAGAUGGAGCCAACAGGACAGUUUUUGCUCCAGCAGCUGUUAUUGGUACUCCUCUUGGUCUGGCACUAGACUGGAUAUCUGCAAACCUGUAUUACAGUAACCCAGGGACACAGUCAAUUGAGGUCCUGAAGCUGCAUGGUGACAUAAUGUACAGGAAAACACUGAUUACCAAUGAUGGCACCUCUCUGGGAGCUGGCACGCCUAUUGGUUUGGCAGUUGAUCCAGCAAGAGGGAAGUUGUACUGGACAGACCAGGGAACUGACAGUGGAGUCCCAGCAAAGAUUGCCAGUGCAAACAUGGAUGGCUCAAGCAUACAAACCCUCUUCACUGGCAACCUGGACCAUGUAGAGUUCCUUACCAUUGACAUUAGGGAACAAAAGUUGUACUGGGCUGUCACGAGCACAGGAAUGAUUGAGAGAGGCAAUGUGGAUGGUACAAAUCGUGUGACUCUGGUGGUUCAUCUUUCUCAUCCCUGGGGAGUUGCUGUGUAUGGUACAUUUCUGUACUAUACUGAUCGAGAUUAUGAAGUAAUUGAACGAGUUGACAAGGCCACAGGUGCAAACAAAGUAGUACUGAGAGAUAAUGUCCCAAGACUGAAGAGCCUACGUGUGUAUUACAGAGACAAUUCUGCCGGCUCCUCAAAUGGCUGCAGUAAUAAUAUUGGAGUUUGCCAGCAGCUUUGCCUGCCUGUACCUGGUGGACUAUUCUCCUGUGCCUGUGCUACUGGCUUUCAGCUAAAUUCUGAUAACAGAACCUGUUCCCCAUACAGUUCAUUUGUAGUUGUUUCUAUGCUCUCUGCAAUUAAAGGAUUUAGUUUAGAGACAUCAGAUCAUUCUGAAGCCAUGGUACCACUGGCAGGAAGAGGACGAAAUGCACUUCAUGUGGAUGUUCACAUGCCUUCUGGUUUCAUUUACUGGUGUGACUUCAGUAGCACAGUUUCUUCUCAAAAUGCAAUACGUAAAAUUAAACCUGAUGGUUCUUAUUUUAGAAAUGUUGUUACAAAUGGAAUAGGACGAAAUGGGAUCCGUGGCAUUGCAAUUGACUGGGUAGCAGGAAAUCUUUAUUUUACAAAUGCAUUCCUGACAGAGACUUUUAUAGAAGUUUUGCGUUUAAACACAACUUAUCGCCGUGUACUUCUGAAAACUACCAUAGACAUGCCAAGGCACAUAGUAGUUGACCCAAAAAACAGAUAUCUCUUCUGGGCAGAUUAUGGGCAAAAUCCAAAGAUUGAACGUGCAUUUCUUGACUGCACCAACAGAACAGUUCUUGUGUCUGAGGGCAUUGUCACGCCUCGUGGGUUGGCCAUAGAUCACAGCAAUGGCUACGUUUACUGGGUUGAUGAUUCCCUAGAUAUGAUUGCAAGAAUUCAGCCUGAUGGUGGUGAUGUUGAAAUUGUGCGUUAUGGCAGUCGCUAUCCAACUCCAUAUGGUAUAACUAUCUUUGGCAAUUCCAUGAUCUGGGUUGAUCGAAACCUGAAAAAAAUCUUCCAAGCCAGCAAACAGCCAGGCAAUGCUGAUCAGCCAACAGUAAUAAGAGAUAACAUUAAUUGGCUAAGGGAUGUUACAAUUUACAACAGUAAUUUCCAGUCACGUUCACCCCUUGAUGUCAACAACAAUCCUUGUUUGGACAACAAUGGGGGUUGUUCUCACCUCUGUUUUGCCCUUCCUGACAUUCAGAUACCAAAAUGUGGUUGUGCCUUUGGAACACUAGGCAGUGAUGGCAAGAGAUGUUCCAUUUCAACAGAUGAUUACCUGAUUUUUGCUCUUGAAAAUGCCCUCAGAAGUAUCCACCUAGAUCCUGAAAACCACAGUCCUCCCUUCCGCACAGUCAAUGUGUUAAGAACUGCUGUGGCCCUGGAUUUUGACAGCAUAAACAACCGAAUAUAUUUUACACAAAGUUAUCCUUCAGGAACAGGAAGAAUCAGUUAUGUUAGUAUUUACUCAGGAAUUGGCUCUCCAACUGUAGUUGCAUCUGACCUGGGGACUCCAGAUGGCAUAGCCUUUGACUGGAUCAACAACAGAGUUUACUACAGUGACUACCUCAACCAGACCAUCAGCUCGAUGGCUGUGGAUGGAUCAAACCGCACAGUGAUUGCCCGGGUGCCGCGGCCAAGAGCUGUUGUAUUAGAUCCCUGCAGAGGGUAUAUGUACUGGACUGAUUGGAGUUCAAAUGCAAAGAUUGAACGAGCUACACUUGGAGGAAAUUUUAGAACGCCUAUUGUGAGCACAAACUUGGUAUGGCCAAAUGGACUUACCCUGGACUAUGAAGAAGAGCAGCUGUACUGGGCUGAUGCAAAUCUGCAAAAGAUUGAGAGAUGCACUCUCACUGGUACAAAUCGUGAGGUAAUUGUUAGCACUGCGUUGCAUCCAUUUGCAAUGACAGUGUUUGAUCAGCACAUAUAUUGGACAGACUGGAACACACGAAGCAUUUAUAGAGCUAAUAAGUACGAUGGCUCAGAUCAGAUUGUGAUGAUCAUGAAUCUUCCACAAAGACCAAUGGAUAUUCAUGUCUGGGCAAAAAGUAAGCAGCAGCAGUGUAUGAACCCUUGCAACCAGUUCAAUGGUGGCUGCAGUCACAUCUGUGCACCAGGUCCAGCUGGUGCAGAAUGUCAGUGCCCCUCUGAAGGUCGCUGGUAUUUAGCCAAUAACAAUAAGCAUUGUAUUGUGGAUAAUGGUACCAGGUGUGAUACCGGUUUCUUCACAUGCCUUAAUGGACACUGUAUCUCUGAGAGGUGGAAAUGUGACAACGACAAUGAUUGUGGUGAUGGCAGUGAUGAGUUGGAAAGUGUGUGUGCUUUCCAUACUUGUCAGCCAACAGCUUUCACCUGUGGCAAUGGGCGAUGCGUACCCUAUCAUUACCGCUGCGAUCACUACAAUGACUGUGGAGAUAACAGUGAUGAGCUUGGCUGCUUGUUUCGAACCUGUGACUCCAACACAGAAUUUACUUGCAAUAAUGGAAGGUGUAUAUCCCUUCAGUAUGUCUGCAAUGGAGUAAACAACUGUUAUGACAAUGGCACAUCAGAUGAGAGGAAUUGUCCGGAGCGUACAUGCCAGUCUGGUUUUACAAAAUGUCAAAGCACAAAUAUUUGCAUUCCUCGAACAUAUUUGUGCGAUGGUGAUAAUGAUUGCGGAGAUAUGAGCGAUGAGAGUCCUACUCACUGUGUCUCUCUGACUUGCACAAAUAGUGAGUUUCGUUGUACAUCGGGACGUUGUAUUCCUGCUCAUUGGUACUGUGAUCAAGGAAUAGACUGUGCUGAUGGGUCUGAUGAACCUGCCUCUUGUGUGCCUCAAAUGCGGACUUGUUCGAGUGACCAGUUCAGAUGUGAUGAUGGCAGAUGUAUCCCAGCAACGUGGAUCUGUGAUGGUGAUAAUGACUGUGGGGAUAUGAGUGAUGAGGAUCAAAGGCAUAAUUGUGCAAACCGCAACUGCACAGCAGCAGAAUUCACUUGUGCCAACAAUCGACCCCCGCUCAGGAGGUGCAUUCCUCGGGCAUGGGUCUGUGAUGGUGAUGCUGACUGCAGUGAUGCUCUUGAUGAACACCAGAACUGCACACGAAGAACUUGCACAGAAAGUGAAUUUACCUGUAGUAAUGGCUUGUGCGUCCGUAAUGCAUACAGGUGUGAUAGGCGGAAUGACUGUGGUGACAGCAGUGAUGAGAGAGGAUGCAUCUAUGAACCAUGUCAACAGCACCAGUUUACUUGUCAGAAUGGACGCUGCAUUUCCAAAGCCUAUGUCUGUGAUGGGGAUAAUGACUGUGGUGAUGAAUCUGAUGAGCUGGAACAUCUCUGUAGUACACCAGAAGCGACCUGCUCUCCCCAUCAUUUUAAAUGUGACAAUGGAAACUGCAUUGAGCUGGUUAAAGUCUGCAAUCGGUUGGAUGAUUGCUUAGAUAACAGUGAUGAAAAAGGAUGUGGUGUAAAUGAAUGCAGUGAUCCUUCAAUCAGUGGAUGUGAUCAUGACUGUACAGACACACAGACAAGUUUCUACUGUUCUUGUCAUCCUGGAUACAAACUUAUGUCUGAUAAACGAACUUGUGAUGAUAUUGAUGAGUGCAAUGAAACUCCAUCAGUAUGUAGCCAGAUUUGUGAGAACACAGCUGGCUCCUACAUCUGUAAGUGUGCCCCAGGCUAUAUCCGGGAGCCUGAUGGAAAAAGUUGCCGGCAAAAUAGUAAUAUCUCCCCAUACCUUAUUUUUAGCAACCGUUACUAUCUGAGAAAUCUCACAGCAGAUGGCCAGUCUUACUCUCUCAUUUUGCAAGGACUGAGAAAUGUGGUGGCACUGGACUUUGACAGGGUGGAAAAGAGGUUAUACUGGAUUGAUGUGGGGAGGAAUGUCAUUGAACGAAUGUUCCUAAAUGGAACAAAUAAGGAGGCAGUGAUAAGUGAUGAUGUGCCCAACGGGGAAGGUAUCGCUGUUGACUGGGUUGGCAGAAAAUUGUACUGGGUAGAUGCCUACCGAGAUUGUCUCUAUGUCUCUGAACUUGAUGGAAGAUUCCGGAAAAAACUGGUGGAUCGGUGUGUGGAUGCCAACAAUACUUUCUGCUUUCAGUAUCCCAGAGCAAUUGUGGUUCAUCCAAAAUAUGGACUGAUUUACUGGACAGACUGGGCAGAUCGAGCCUAUAUUGGACGAGCUGGCAUGGAUGGCAAGGAGAAGACUGUGAUCAUUUCUACAAAGUUAGAGUGGCCCAAUGGACUUACCAUAGAUUACACCAACGACAAGCUUUACUGGACAGAUGCCCAUCUAAAUUAUAUUGAGUACUCUGACCUGGAUGGACAUCAUCGGCACACGGUAUACGAUGGGACUCUACCUCAUCCAUUUGCAAUAACUAUUUUUGAAGACACAAUAUAUUGGACUGACUGGAACACAAGGACAGUUGAAAAAGGAAAUAAAUAUGAUGGAUCAGAAAGGACUGUUCUUGUUAAUACCACACACAGACCAUUUGACAUCCAUGUUUACCAUCCAUACAGACAACCAUUUGUUAACAAUCCUUGUGGCACCAAUAAUGGUGGUUGUUCCCAUCUUUGCCUCAUAAAAGCUGGUGGCCAGGGGUUUUCCUGUGAAUGUCCUGAUAACUUCAUGGUAAUACAGCUUGGCAAUACAGCCCACUGCCUUCCAAUGUGCUCUAGUACCCAGUUUCUCUGUGCAGACACUGAGAGGUGUAUUCCCAUCUGGUGGAAAUGUGACGGACAGAGGGACUGUCGAGAUGGCUCUGAUGAGCCCCCAACCUGUCCGCACCGGUACUGUCCUGUGGGACAGUUCCAGUGUAAUGAUGGGAACUGCACAAGUUCACAUUUCUUGUGCAAUGCCCAGCCGGAUUGCCAUGACAGAUCAGAUGAAGAUCCUGUACUUUGUGCUAAUCACCAGUGUGAAACUCAUCAGUGGCAAUGUGCCAACAAGCGAUGUAUCCCGGAAGCCUGGCAGUGUGAUAGAGAGAAUGACUGUGGUGACAACUCGGAUGAAGAUAGUGCUCACUGUGCCAGUAGAACCUGUCCCCCAGGCCAAUUUAAAUGUGACAAUGGCCGUUGCAUCCCACAGUCUUGGAAGUGUGAUGUGGAUGAUGAUUGUGGUGAUAACUCUGAUGAGCCAUUCCACGAAUGCAUGGGAUCUGCUUACCGAUGUGACAAUCACACACAAUUCAGCUGUAGAACCAACUACCGUUGUGUACCAUUGUGGGCAGUGUGCAAUGGGAACGAUGACUGUAGAGACAACAGUGAUGAACAAGGCUGUGAGGAGAUGACUUGCAGUCCUUUUGGAGAUUUCCGUUGUGACAAUCAUCGAUGUAUCCCGCUGCGCUGGAAGUGUGACGGAGAUGAUGACUGUGGAGAUAACUCUGAUGAGCACAACUGCAGUCCUCGUGAGUGCACAGAAAGUGAAUACCGUUGUGACAAUCUGCGCUGCAUUCCUUCCCGGUGGAUCUGUGACCAUGAUGAUGACUGUGAAGACAAUUCGGAUGAACGUGACUGUGAGCUGAGAACCUGCCACCCAGGUUAUUUCCAGUGUGACAGUGGACACUGUGUCGCAGAGCGCUUCAAAUGUGAUGGAAAUGCAGACUGCCUUGAUUUCUCUGAUGAAGCUACUUGUCCAACACGGUAUCCUAAUGGUACAUACUGUCCACCCAUGCUGUUUGAAUGCAAAAACCAUGUCUGUAUUCAGCCAUACUGGAAAUGUGAUGGGGAUAAUGAUUGUGGAGAUGACUCUGAUGAAGAACUUCACCUUUGCUUGGAUAUUGCUUGUGAAUCUCCAUUCCGUUUCCGGUGUGAAAACAAUCGCUGUAUAUACAGUCACGAGCUGUGCAACCAGGAGGAUGACUGUGGUGAUGGCAGUGACGAGAAAGAGGAACACUGUAGAGAGCCAACACCAAGACCUUGUAAAACUGAAGAAUUCAAGUGCAGUAAUGGGAAUUGCAUUCCCCUACAUUAUGUCUGUGACAAUUACGAUGACUGUGGAGACCAUUUUGAUGAAAUGGGCUGCAAUCCUGGAGCAGAGCGAACUUGUGCAGAAAAUAUCUGUGAACAUAACUGUACCAAUCUGAAUGAAGGAGGCUUUAUCUGUUCCUGUAGGCCAGGGUACAAGGCCAGUGAAACUAACCGUAACUCCUGUGAAGAUAUUAAUGAGUGUGAGAUCUUUGGAACAUGCACCCAAGACUGCAAGAAUUCCAAAGGAAGCUAUGAAUGUUUCUGUGCAGAUGGCUUCAGAUCUGUGGGUGAUCAACAAGGGAAACAGUGUGCAGCUGAUGGUAAUCCUCCAUUGUUACUGCUGCCAGAUAAUGUGCGGAUUCGAAGGUACAACAUCUCAUCAGAACAGUACUCUGACUAUAUUGAUAACCAGGAACGCAUCCAAGCUCUGGAUUAUGACUGGGACCCUGAAGGGAUAGGCCUGAGUAUUGUGUACUUCAGCAUUCUGGGACAGGGUUCUGAGUUUGGAGCCAUCAAACGUGCUUAUCUCCCCACUUUUGACAGCAGUAGGAACAAUCCAACAAAGGAAGUUGACUUGAAUCUCAAAUACAUAGUUAAUCCUGAUGGGCUAGCUGUUGACUGGGUUGGAAGACAUCUUUACUGGACUGAUGCAGGGACUAAUCGCAUAGAGGUGGCAAAAUUAGAUGGACGGUAUAGAAAAUGGCUUAUUUUUUCCCAUCUGGAUCAACCAGCAGCUAUUGCUGUCAAUCCAAAACGUGGGCUUAUGUAUUGGACUGACUGGGGAAGGCAGCCAAAGAUUGAAUGUGCCUGGAUGGAUGGACAACAAAGACAGACACUGGUCUCUGAAGACCUUGGCUGGCCAACUGGUCUUUCUAUUGAUUAUUUGAACAAUGAUAGGAUCUAUUGGAGUGAUUCUAAAGAAAAUAUAAUUGAAUCCAUGAGACCUGAUGGGACAGACAGAACCAUUGUACUACAUGGAGUAGGCAGUCCAUACAGCCUCGAUGUCUUUGAAGGCCAUUUAUAUUGGAUAGCUAAAGAACGGGGAGAAGUCUGGAAGAAGGAUAAGUUUGGAAGUGGAGAAAAAGUGAAAGUGCUGACUGUAAAUCCGUGGCUUACCCAAGUACGCAUCUAUCACCAACACAGAUACAAUCAAUCAGUGCCUAAUCCUUGUAAAGAUGUCUGCAGCCACCUCUGCUUGCUGAGACCAGGAGGAUACACCUGCUCAUGUCCCCAAGGGACUCGGUUCCUAGAAGGCAGCAGCACGGAAUGUGAUGCAGCUAUUGAAUCCCCUCCCACAAUGCCACCAGCUUGCAGGUGCAUGAACGGUGGAACAUGCUAUAUAGAUGAAAGCAGUCUUCCCAAAUGCAAAUGUUCUUAUGGAUACACUGGGAAUUAUUGUGAAAUAGGAUUGUCAAAAGGAGUCCCUCCUGGAACAACAGCAGUAGCAGUGUUGCUGACAGUCAUACUAAUCAUAAUAAUUGGAGUGUUAGCAGUUGGAGGCUUUUUUAACUACAGACGAACAGGCUCCCUUUUACCAGCGCUUCCCAAACUACCAAGUUUAAGCAGUCUUGUAAAAUCUAAUGAAAAUGGCAAUGGAGUUACUUUCCGAUCUGGAGCAGAUGUGACUAUGGACAUAGGUGUCUCUGGCUUUGGGGGAGAUUCUGCUAUAGACAGGGCAAUGCAAAUGAAUGAAAACUUUGCAGUGGAGUCGGGGAAACAACCAAUCACGUUUGAAAAUCCAAUGUAUACAACCAGAGAUGCUGGAGCCAGCACAGCUGGUGCAGUUACAGUUACUCGACCAACACUUGUAGCAGCAGCUGGUAGUGAGGAAAAUGAAAAUUUUGAAAAUCCUGUGUAUUCCUCUGUGAUAUCCAGUAGCCCAAAGGAAACCCCUCAGAGUACAGAUGCACCUCUGGAAUCAAAGUGGAGUUUCUUCAAGAGAAAAAAGAAACAAAACACUAAUUUUGAAAACCCAAUAUAUGCAGAGAUGGAAAAGGAGCAGCAACAGGACACAGAAAAUGUCCCUACCCAUUCUCCUUCACUGCCUCCCAAGAUUAUUCUGAAGAGAGACCAACCACUAUCUUACACAGCAACAGAGGAUACAUUUAAAGACACCGCCAAUCUUGUUAAAGAGGACUCUGUGGUAUAAGUAGGUAACUCAUUUAGGGAAAAUUAGACACAUCCAUUUGCACAUAUAUUUUUUAUAAACAGAAGAGUAAGGUUCACAUUCAAAUGCUUGAUAAAAAUAUAUACAUCUCUUGGCCAGUGGCUGGAGAUGUAUGUUGAAACUAUGCCUUGUUUUUUUGACAAAUGCCAAUUUCUAUUUUUAUGAACAAUUAUUGUGAUGUACUAUAUGUAUAUCUUUGCACUGAAGCUGUCUGAAAGUAAUGUUAUAAAUAUAUUGUACAUUUGUAAAUUUUUUUAAGAUUAUCUUGCUCAGUGAUGUUGCUAGUAGAAAUUUGUAUAGAAUUGAUCAUAUAUUUAGGGCUAAAUUAAUUAUAUAAAUGCUUAAAACUAAAAAAAAAAAAAAAAAGAGAACCAAACAAGGCAAGGCCAUAGGAACAUUACUGAUUUACGGUGUCUUUAGAGUGUAUCUUUUAUAACAGCACCUUUUAAAACUUCUACUGGUGCUCAGGGCAUCUUUGCCACCUAUUUUAUAUAGUACUGUAUAUAAAAAUGGGUAUCCCUUUAUCUUGUGUUAAACAAAAGAUGAGUCAAUGCAUCAUUAUUAUGCUGAAUAGUUACCAGUUCAAAAUGUUGUACUUACAAUAUUUUAAUUGCCUGAGAAAUUUUUCUCUUGGUCUAUAAAACACACACUUUUCAUCUAGGUCCCAAUUAACUCAAUUCCAUUAAUAGUGUUCCUAGGAAGACUGGAUAUAUUUAGAUUUUAGUGCCACAACUACUUAAUGAGCUUUUCUCUUGCUCAUCAAUGGAAUACCUCUGUUCUUGGCUGGAGUCUCUGAAACUAAUUUGUACUAUGAAGUAGUUAGGUUUCUAUAACAGCUUAUUUCCAAACAGCAAAAUAUGAAAGAUAAUGGCUCAUUUCAGAAAUCCUUCAGGUUUUUUUUUAAUGUGAAAAUUUAAUUUUAUUGACUAUUUAUUUUCUGAGGUGGAUAUUAAUAGAAAGGGAAACAAUUUCUACUAAUUCAUUCUUUGUUGUUAUCUGGUUGUUCCUAUAACCUUCCAUCAGAAUAUACUGUUGAUCUUUUUAGCUCUUCUAUUAAUAGCCAAGAUAGUUUCCACAACAUGAACCAUUUGAGAAAAUUCCAAUUACAGGACCAUGUUCUUCAGCAUUCCUAGCUAGUUCCUAUUCAUAUAAAAGAUUCCUGAAGUCACAAGUGUUGAGACUUUUGCUAUUUGAUUGUUUUAUCUCUAAAUUUUCAAUAUAUAUAUAUACACUAUUUCUGGUUAGAAUGCUUGUAAUUAAAUUGUAACAUACUUUGAUUAGAAAAGACAACUGUAAAAUGAUGCUGCUGAAUAAGUCUAAUAAACAUUAUUUUAUCACCUUCUUAUUUCAUAAUUUGUGUUGAAGCCUUAUGUACUUUUUUCAGUUGUGGAGACUUCAGUGCUCUUCGGGGUGAAAGCAUUAAUGCUUUAGAUAAAGUUGAAUAAGAAUAGUGCUUACUGCGUCACACAACUGUCUAAAGUUCUUCAUGUAAGAUGUUGUCUAGAUGCUGACAUUGUAUCUUUGUAAGUGUGAAAGCUGCCCUACUACACAUAUUCAAUAAACUGGCCCUUAAAACAGGAAA